AUCAACGCCCAAAAAAAGAUGCCUAAUACAAACCUCAGCUUUUGAUGAAACGAAACUGCAUCCUUAAAUUUCUGAGGCAAUGCGACUUUGCACCAAUUUGUAGCUUUCGUAUGCAUUGUGUGCUGUGCUGAUGCCUUUCACCCUCAAUUCUGUGACUGCAUAGAGAUUAUUGUUUAGGCCACAUGUACUUGUUUUUGAAAUAUAUUCUUGGUUAACGUCUUGCCAAAAAGUAAGCUCAAGAGUCUAAGUGUGAAUUUUAUUUUUUUAAAUGGGUUUUCGGAUAUCCAAAUAACGGAAAUCGGUCGAAGCGGAUGUUAAGUGUUGCGUGCGCAUAAAUUAAUAACCCCUUUCAUAAACCCUUCCCUAACUCACAACUUUUCACUCUCCCCCUUUUCUCCUCGAUUUUGGAAGAGAUCAAAGAUGGGUGUCGGAUCUUCAAGUCAGAACUCUUCCGCUAUGGUGGCCAUUAAAUCACAGGAAGACCAAGGUUCUGCACCCGAUUUAAAGCCAAAGAAGAAGAUCUGUUGUGCUUGCCCCGAGACUAAGAAGCUGAGGGAUGAAUGCAUUGUGGAGCAUGGUGAAUCUGCUUGUGAAAAAUGGAUCGAGGCUCACCGCAAAUGCCUUCGUGCAGAAGGCUUUAAUGUUUGAAAUCUGAAUGAACUUGGAUAGUUGGAAACAUUAUGAUACAUUUUUUGAUUUCACAGGUUACAGAAAAUAGAGUUAUUGAAACUAACUUUAUUUGAGAAUAAGGAAAACCACAAAUGGUGUUAAACUGUUCUAUUUUCUCUGUAUUGAGAAAUUUAUGAAGUGAUAAUGUUCAUAUCA